AUGGCGGUGGUGGAGGUGGACAGCCGGUUCCCCCGCUCCCUGCGCGGCGCCGUGAAGAUCGCCCGCGCGCUGGUGGCGUUCGUCACGUUCGUGUGCUUCGCGGGCUCGCGCUCCCCCGGGGCGUGCACCGCGCUGGCCGCCAUGGAGGUGCUCAUCACGGCGCUGUUCUUUCUGCUGUACUUGCUAAAGCUCGAUAAGAAGAUGAGCUGGCUGUUCUGGCCGCUAGCUGUGAGUAUCGGCUGGCCCUUAAACCGACGGGAUUCUACCCGUUUUGCGAUUGCCUGUUCAGAGAGGUUGUCGUCAGUUCGGGAUAUUUUCAACUCGGUGGUUGCAGCGUUGUUCCUCCUCAUCGUUUGCCUGUUUGCAACGAUAAUCAACACCAACGGUGGGACGCUGGCUGGAGGAGUGUUUGGUCUUGGGUUGCUUGUUCUCUGUGUUGUCGACGCGGUUCUUCUUUUCCAGAAGAUUAGCCUUGGUGGACCAAGAGGAAGGAACACUCCUGCAAAAUAA